AUGAUUCCAUUAUUUGCGACUUUCAGCAGUCCCGACACGGCUUGUCUGCCAGAAAAUAGCUUUCGAUUGCAUCCAGACACUUACAACGGGUUGUCGUCUUCAGGAUUUUUCCAGAUCACACUGAGUAGUGGUAAACUGACUUUUGCACAAGCGAAGGCUAUCGACAUUUUGUGGGAUGUUGGGGUGGGCCGUGGAGGUCAACUGCUGUUGGCAAUCAUAUCGUGGCGCGAGUUUGCGAGGUAUCUUACGAUUUGCAUGGAAACCGAGCCUAUCACUUUCCAAGUGUUUCGGACAAUUUUUCUUGAAAAGGAUGCUUCUAUUUUCUCAGCAGUUCGUGUUUCCAAAAGUCUCGUAUGGCAACGCAGACUGCGAUCGAAGGUUGCUAUGACGUUCAUAAUAGUCACCAUGCUGUUUAUCGUAGCACUGCCGACGCUCGUCAGCGCGAUGAGUGGCUAUGAUGCUAAUGUCGCAUCUCGCAUUCUGGAUCGUGAUGAUAAUCUCAUACCUUUCAACAACUUUUCAAGGGUGCUCUAUGUCAUUCAUGAUGGGUGGAGGAUUGGCAAAGAUGGCAACUCCUGGAUCACGGACAUCCCAAGUCAGGGUAUGUGUAUUCCCCGCUCCCGCAUUCGCGAACUGGCCAUGGUAAUUGAUGAUGAUGUCGAGGCCUAUGGGCUCGACGGAAAGUAUAAUGGAAUCUCUCAGUUCGAAAACCGUACUAUAAGCCCGCCUGCCCUCAACAUCUCAGCAUAUGAGCAUGACAGCCAAAGCUUUUGGGGUUACAACGUUUCUGGCUUAUUGAACACGACUUGGGUAAGGGGAAACGAGACGUUCGACUAUGCAUACAUCGAAGCCAAUGGCAAAUGCCAAAACAUAGGGGUAGGAUGCCUUCAGGCUUAUGACUAUCGGUGGGGUUUCUCCUUCUGGCAGCUCUUCAUCUGCAUCAUGCUCCUCCUUGCAUGGACGGUAGGUAUCUACAUCAUGUGGAUCUACACACACAAUACCAUGGCAUUGCGCAAUCGACAUACUGAAGACGUGGCCGGAGAAUAUCGCGCAGUUCUCGAGUUGGCAGCAGCCAUGCAGGCCGACCUCGACAUUGAGGAUACGGAUCUUUCAGUGCUUCGGGAGAAGCAACUGAAAGAAAGAAUCGAUAAAGAAGCUCGGGGUGGAGCUAUCGCAUACGCCUAUUCGAGCUCUUUACCCAAUACUCAUGGCAUUCGCAAGGGUUUAGCAGUAUGGUUCAAGAUUGAAGAAGUGGUGGUUCCUGGCCAUCUUUACCGUCUGCUCGACAGGGUGGCUGUUCCUGUUGGUCCCUCCCGUCAUGCCCUUAGGAAUUUGUCUCUGAUCGUGGACUUGGGCGAUUUUCCUUGGCCAAGUGUGGGCUUUCUGCAUAGAUAUAAGUAG